UUCCCACGUUCAGUCCAACAAACCAAUACGCCUCCUCGGAGCUUCUCCUUGCAUUUUCCAGAUGCAGGCACUGAAACUCAAAGGGACAACUGCUACUUCGAUGUGAAAAGACAGACCUCGGAUUACAGACUUCUGCCUGGACGCUGGAUCUUCACAUUUCAUCAUGACUGAAGAACUUCAUACGUCUUUUUAUCUCCUCCUCCUCCUCCAACUGUAAAUUGAACCCAUUGUUUCAGCAGGCUGUCCUUAUUGUUAUUUAGUCUUUUUCUUUCUUUCUUUUUUUUUUUCAAACCUUGGACGCAUGGACUGAUCACAAGUUUUAUCCUCUUGGAAUAAUGAGUGACUCUUCUUGGACUCUUUUUCAUGCUGGGAAUUAAGCUGCUUUACAAAAAAGACACUGCAUCUGGUACAUUUCACAGAAGCUAUGGAAAUUUGUUUGCGUUUUCACCUUUUUACAGCUUUUGUCUCCUUUAUUAAGGUAUAUGCUCAAGAGGUGCAACCUGUCAAGCAUCCAGGCCUGCAGGUGUUGGCCACCGCUUCGCACUAUUGGCCGCUCGAUGCCGUGGACGGGAUCCAUGAACUGUGGGACCAAAUUGGAAACAGACCAGGUUAUGUUAACGGGAGUAACAUAACUCUCAGAAUCCACAACCACACUGUGCUCCCCUCUUCCCAUAACUCUUCCUAUGUGUAUACCAAUGACUCUGCAUACACUAACAUUUCUGCAACAGUAGACAUCGUUGAAGGGAUGGUCAACAAAGGGAUCUAUCUGGAUGGAGAUAAUGGCGGCACCUUUCUCCACUUUGGAAACUACCAGAACACGUGUAUCAGCGACCCUACUUUGUGUGGUCCAGAGGGAAUUACCUUCUCCUUUUUUUGGAAAAACCACGAGGAAGAGUCCCGUUUUGCUGUUUCCUCCGGAGGGAAAGUUAUCUCUAACGGUUUCUCAGUCUACGCUAAUCCCUUCGUUGGAUUUGUGGAGUUUUACACUCGAGGCAACAACCACAGAUGGAAGGCCAACAUCAGAGUUCCAGGCCCAUUCUGGACACACAUUCUCUUUACGUGGACUCGAAGCGAUGGUCUUAAGGUCUAUAUCAAUGGGACUUUCACUGCUGGUGACUCUGAGGGCAGCGUCUCAGAGAACUACGGCGAUCCCCAUCCUGACCUGGUCAUCGGGACUGGCAACAGCAGGAAAUAUGGCCACUACGUGACCGGGGCCUUUGAUGAGUUUGUGAUCUGGGAAAGGGCCCUCUCACCUGAGCAGAUCUCACUCUACUACAAUGCCGCUAUAGGCCAGGCAAUGAUCCCGCUCACAACACCCAGCGUGUCGAAAGAAGUCCUUUCCACUGCACCGACGACCACAGCCACGGAAGUAAGUUUCCCCGUCAGCGAUCUCGUGGAGGUCCAGAGCUCCCAGGAUCCCAAGUCCAUACCAGUGCUGGGCUUCCUGAAGGCGCUGCCCAACAAGACCAUUCCUCAUAACACCGCCAACAACCUCACACAGGCUUUUCUCAAAAGUGUGGAAGAAGUGCUUUCCUCUCCAGGAUUGCCCGAGCAGUCCACUCCUGUGGUCAGCGGCCUGAUUGAGACGGUGGACAGAGUGAUGGAUCAUAUGGUGACUAACCUGGAGCCCAGCCCGAACUCACACAUCUCCCUGGGUGGAACGUCUUUGGUUGCAGAUUACUCUCUGAUGAAAUUCCCACAAAACUACAACCUGCAGCAUUACCGCUUCCCCACAGAGGGCAAGAACUACAUCUCCGUGCCUGGGGAGGCCUUCGCCAUGCAAUCUCAAACCACCAUCGUCGGCCUUUUCUACCACAACAUGCACAGCUACUACAGAGAAAUCAGCCCAAUCAAAACCAGGAUUAAUGAAGCCAAUGAUUUCAAGGAUCACAGGAUCCUGGUGGCAAGCUGUCUGAUAUCUCUCAAAGUGGAGCCUUUACCGGCCUUGUCCGUCAACCUGUCCGGCACGCCGCUCAUCAAGAUCGUCCUCACCCAUGUCCUGACGAAAGAGCAGCAGGAUCAAGUCCUGAAUCAGAGCAAUAAUGUCUUCCUUUACUGCGCCUUCUUGGACUACAGUUCGAAUGAGGGCGUGUGGUCCAACGAGGGCUGCGUGCGCUCAGGUGGAAACAUGACGUAUUCUGUGUGUCUCUGCAAUCACCUCACCAACUUUGCCAUUCUGAUGCAGGUGGUGCCUUUAAAGCUCACCACUGGCCACAGGGUGGCGCUGGCAACCAUUGGUUACGUUGGCUGCUCCAUCUCCAUCUUCUGCCUCACCAUCACUCUGGUUACCUUUGCAGUCUUGUCGUCGGUGAGCACCAUCCGCAACCAGCGCUACCACAUCCAUGCCAACCUGUCCUUCGCAAUCCUGGUGGCUGAGAUUUUACUGCUCAUCAGUGCUCGCUUUGACCCGGGCACGCUGCCUUGCAAGAUAAUGGCUGUCCUGCUCCACUUCUUCUUCCUGAGCGCCUUCGCCUGGAUGCUGGUGGAGGGCCUCCAUCUUUACAGUAUGGUGGUCAAGGUCUUCGGCUCUGAAGGCAGCAAGCACUUCUACUACUAUGGCAUUGGCUGGGGUUCUCCGUUGGUGAUCUGUGUGGUGUCCAUGACGUCAGCCCUGGAAAGUUACGGUGAAACAGACAACUGCUGGCUGUCCCUGAAGAACGGAGCCAUUUGGGCUUUUGUAGCACCGGCUCUGUUUGUCAUUGUGGUGAACAUAGGGAUUUUGAUAUCGGUGACCAGGAUCAUAUCUCGUAUCAGCGGAGAGAACUACAAAGUCCACGGAGAUGCAAACGCAGUCAAACUGACUGCGAAGGCAGUGGCUGUGCUCCUGCCUAUAUUAGGGAUCUCCUGGAUAUUCGGCGUCCUUGCUGUCAACACACACUCUUUGCCUUUCCUCUAUAUUUUUGCUGUAUUCAACUCAUUACAAGGGUUCUUUGUCUUUUUGUUUCACUGUCUUCUCAACUCUGAGGUUAGAGCUGCUUUCAAACACAAAACCAAGGUGUGGUCUCUCACCAGCAGCUCCAUCCGAAAUAUCAAUGUGAAACCAUUCAACUCUGACAUCAUGAAUGGAAACAAAGAGGACGUGACUCCUACAAAGAUGAACACGUGGGACAAAAGCACCAACUCAGCCAACCGUAUCGACCUCUCAGCCGUGUAGGGCUCCAGAUCGCUGUUUGAGUCUGUGGCUGGAGAGUAAUCCGAAGCUCAGUCGAGUGGAAUGGCAAACACUGGCCAGAGUAUUUUCCCACUGCGUUAUGUAAUAAAUUCGACACUCAUCCACUCCAGUGAAGGCGAUACCAAAAGAGGCAUGCUGCAGCUGAAUGAUAGCUGCGGCAUUCUGAACAGCGAGACUGUUGAAGCUGUGCCUUAGUUUUCUUUCAUUAUAAAUAAAUAAACAAAUAAAACAGAGAGUUCCUAAGCAGGCUACAAAAGCAGGUCUAUCGUCUGUUAGCUAUCCUAGGAGAAGGUCAGUAAAGUGAUAGAGGGAUCCAGGGAUUCAGGGUAUGGAAAUAAAACUCGGCAGAACAGAGCAUCUCAGUUUAUCCAUUUCAUGGACCAUCUGCUGUAAUCAGGCUUAUCUGCCCUCCUGCUCAGAAUUAGCUGAAGAUAUGAACAGUAUUCAUGCGUUCCUGCAAAUGUUUUACCACCCUUUGAAUUGUUUCACAGAGAGUCAAAUGUGUGCCUCAAUACCUCAGUGAUUGUGACAGAAUACCCAUGAUUUCAGUCCAGGAGACUUUAUAUGUGGAGUUUGCAUGUUCUCUCUGGGUGUUCCGAUUUUCUUCCAUUGUCCAAAAACAUAGUUUUGAGAUUAAUUGGUGACUCUUAAAAUUCCAUAGUUGUGAAUGUUUGUGUUUUUGUUUGUUUCUUUAUGUUUGCCUGGCGAUGGCCCGGUUAAAUCAAUUGUUGAUUAUUACAUAUGAGCAGCUGUGACUGACUCGAAGUUGGAUAAAAACUGUUUUGUAGGUGGUUUGCUGGAUGAGCUCACAGAUAGUCAAACAAAUUUAAUACUCACUCUGUAACGAACAACUGAAAUGCAUUUGGCUAUUGUACGACUUAUCAGUCGGAUUAAAUUUAUUUCAUUUUCUGAUCUUCAUCUAACUCUUGGCAGGAAUGCAAAUAUGCUUCUCUUUCAUGAUGUCAAAGGGUCUUACUAAAUCCCACAGGAAAAGAUUCAUAACCUGAAAUGUGUUAAACAAUAACAUCAAUACAUAUUUCAUGCUUGAUUUAAUUACGAAACAUUAAAUACAUUCAAAUUUAUAAUGUUGACAGAUUGUUUUUUCUGUCUGAGUGCAGUUGGGUUCAAAUGCAAAACAUUGAGUAGAAAAAGGACUAAGGAAAACAUUACAUUUUCCUAAAAUAUCUUAUUAAAUUUAUGCCUUAAGACUAUGACAAAGUGUUACACCACCUGUUAACAAUAUUAAUCAUCACAGUGGACAAACUGCAGAUUUAAUCUGAAUGAACUUCUCCAGUAUUCACCUAAAUCACACAGCUUUAAUCUAGUUCUGCUGACAGCACAACACGAUAACUGCACAGUACCCACCAAUGACGUAACAGUAGAUUACACUCUGAUAUAAUGUAUUUAUUUAUUUUGUGAUUCUGGGUUCUUCAUCAUGUCCUCCGUAAACUGUCACAGCUCAACAAUCAAUGUGUUCUCAUGUUAGGAUCUGUGUUUGUUUUCCCCUCCUUCAGUGAUUUGACUGGCAUAGUUGCAGUACCUCACACUGAUAGCUAGCUGUUAUAUGUAAUGCUUUUCGAGGAAUAGUGAACAUUAGUUUUGUAUUGAAUACAGUUCUGUGAAGUUUUAUGUUUUAUGUCAUUGCCACUUUCUUUUAAAUUUUCUUACUUUUUUUUUUUUUGUAAAAUUGAAUAUGAAUUAUGUUCCACAUCAGAGGGACUUUAUAUGGUUGUUGCUUUUCUUUUUAAACUGUGAGAAUUGAGGGAGAUGGGAUUGUUUGAAAGUCAUUGAUUUUACACUGUACCAACAUGAAGUCUCCUCAGACAGGAUUUACUGUAAGUCUCUCUGCACUUACAUAACACGUCAUAUCUAACGGUAAAUAUUCCAGUUUUUCUCAGCUUGUAUAUGGCUUUUAAUGACUGCUGUUGUACGGUACUAUGGUUUGUGCUUCCACUUAUCUCCAUUAAAUAAACUGUUUAUGACCAGA